GCCUUAUAAUUUGUGAAGGCAACGAGCAGGCGAUUUGUGCCCGAAAUGUAAACAGUGGUGAAGUUCGGCGCUUUAGUGGACUCUGUGACAUGGCGCGCGAUGUAUGCGUCAACGACAAUGAUUGGCAACUGACCACCGAUGAUGCUUGUGUCAAACUGUUGAAAAGUCCAAACCCUACAUUUCCAGUUCCAACCACCGAAGCUACUACGCUUAAAGCAUCUAAAGGAAAGCUCUUUUCAAAAAUGGAAAAAGUAAAACACGGACAAGGUGUUAGAAAAGGGAACAUGGGCAAGUCCAUACCAUGCCCCAAGGUAUUUAACCCGGUCUGCGCUGAACUCUUUGGCGUCAAGGCGACAUUUAUCAACGAAUGUCUUGUGAAUGCAGAGAACGUAAGAUUUAACAAAGAAUGGAAAAUUUUCUCGGAGGGCGUGUGCGCGGAAGACUACGCGACCUCCGAAACACACAUUAGCAAGCGCAGCACGGUGGACAGUGCGACUGUUACAUUCCAGCUGAACGCACCAGAGCAGCAAUCGAACAGCGAUGUCAUAUGGGCACCAAACAUCGAAAACACCAACUACAUGAAUGAGGAUGUUUUCAGGUCCCAUGGAGGGCAAAUGAGAAGCAUGCUGCAGUACAACCAGCCAUUUGGGGCGCGACAUAGCGAACAGUCGUCCUUGGACGCAACUCCUCAUACUAUACGCAUCCUGCCAGUGGUGAACGAUCGUGUGCCGGUCUGUAAAUUUGGCGCUGGUCCAGUUUGUGGGAGUUCAUCGCAGAACUCGAUGCAUAAAUUUGAAAAUAUCUGCGAGCUUUUGCUGAGGAAUAUCAUUUUAAAUGAAUCUUGGGUUGUGGUUAACGAGGGCAAAUGCCGAAGAUGUGUCUUGAAUUGUACGACAGACUAUGAUCCCAUAUGUAUCUCACGGAAUGGUGUUAAUUACACCAUACUUAACCAAUGCCAUCUGGAUCACGCUAUUUGUCGAAAUAAUUUGAACACGUGGAAGAUACUAGGCAAAGGAGAGUGCAAAAAUGUCUUGAAAAAUAUUACUUCGAGCCCGGAUGAUUACAUCAAAAUAACCGCAGUGAAUCAAAAUGAAGAAUAUUUUCCGAGGCAUACACGGAGAAUUCUCGAAUUCUUUACAGUAAAAGCAGCGGAUAGUCAGAAAAACGAAAGCCUACCCGUGGUUCCUGACCAAAAGUCUUCACUAGAGGUUUUCUCUGUGGAAUCCCAAAGCUCCAGCUCCAGCGAACUUUUACUUCCCAACACUACAUCACAGCCCAGCGAAAACAGAACACAUAAAACUCAUAUAAUGAAUUUAUGGCGGAGCUCGAAGAGAAAAUCGCCCUCCUCUAGAAGAAAGAGAAAUUAACAAUAA